AUUUUGAUAUUUUCAGAGAAUAUUUCUGGUGACCGCGCCAUCCGCUAUUACGGCCGUACCAUGCAGAACUUUGAUGAUCUCGAUAUAGAGGGACGUAAUCCUUCUCAUUUAUCAGGAGAGGCUAAAGAAAAGGAAGAAUAUGAUCGGAAGCGUAUAAUGCGAUGCAGCGUUACCGCCGAAGACGGCGCACUGAGACCAGUUUACUCCGAGACAGAAGAUGGUGAUAUAUGGUGUCAUAUCUGUAACGUUGCUUUAUUCGGGGCCCAUAAAUUGAUAAGUCAUAAUUUGUGUAAUCGUCACAAAAUGAAACUGGACGAAUGGCCAUAUCCGGUUAUGCUAUGGUCCAAACGACCGGAUGUGGCCAAGACGGUAGCGCCAGUGCAAUCUACCGCUAUCAGCGAUACCCUGGCGCCUGGUGAGCCAGUACCACCUGGUAUGGAAGAUCAAAUAACGCGGACCACGUCGAUACAGAUGAGUUUAGAUCGUCAUCAAAGCUCGCCACUCGUCGGUCUCGAGUACCUAUUGGAGUUGGUGGACAACGACUCCUGCGAACCGAGUUACACGUGUGUUUUGUGCGACAAACGUGGCGAUCCACGUACAGUAAUGGCUCACAUUACCAGUUACAAUCACCGAAUCACGUAUCUGAAUAGACACUUUCCAACUAUAUCGCGAGCAAUUGCGGAGUUACCGCGUACCCCUAACUAUAAGCGUGGGGCCAAUGAAAUUUCGGUGUUAGUGGCGAAAAAAAUCGAAGAAAAGUUUGGAAGAAUGAAGCCGCAGUUGGUAGACAAAUCUCAGUUUGAAAAGAAUAAGAUGCAAUAUAUCAAGAGAGUAUAUCAGGACGUUCAUUUUAAGUAAGUCUAAGUAUUCAAUCAAUAUUAUUGUCAAAUGAAUGGUAAUAAUUUAAAAAAAAAAGAUUCUCCUGAUAAAAAGAUUGACGAUAAAAAUAAAAAAGAAGAGAAGAAAAAGGAAAAAGUAGAACCUAAAAAAUUAGAAUCUAAAGGAGAAGUUUCGAAAUCGGGUUUCAAAAUGCGUAUAGUCAACAAGGACAAAAUGAACUUACGUAAAAGCUCACCGAAACCUGAGGAGGAUCCAAAAAAUUCACCAAAACCCUCUGAUGACAUCAAGUCGCUUUCAUCACUUUCGAGCAUAUCUAGCAGUCCAUCACCAUCCCGUUCAAGAUCGCGUUCACCGAAUCGAAAUAAAAGAAAUUCCGUUGAGGGAAACACAGGAAAGUAUCGUAGUAAUAUGCGACAGUCACGCGAACGUACCCGCGGCCGAUCGCGAUCACGAUCGCGAUCGCGGUCUUUACAGCCUCUUAGAGAACGCGACAAGUGGGACAAAUACCGCGAGCAGAUUAGACGCGCCGAAGAAACACUAGAUCGUGCUUUAAAGUUUCAUGAGAAGAAUCCUGAAAAACAUCCAUCUUAUCCAGACGAAUGGAAAAAAUUCUGGAACAGACGAUACAAGGAACUCCAAGCCGAAGGUAACGAUCCAAGCAAGCAUGACUUCAAGCCAGAAUGGAUUGAAUUUUGGAACAAGCGGAUGCGCGAGAUCCACACUGAACAGCUUCAGCAGCGAAAAGAAGAGAUUAAAAAGAGAUUGGAAUUACCUGAAGACAAACCGCCGGAAAAGUGGAUUCCACUGAGGCGAGAGCGAGAUCGAGAACGAGACAGAGAAAAAGAGCGAGAACGUUCCCCUACAAAGCGCAGUAAACAUGCCAUAGAAAGUGACGAUGAAGUAGAGUACGUUGGUACGAAAAUGGUGGUCAAGCCUGAUUAUUACGAACGCCAUGAAGCCAGGGAGAGAGAUUACGCGUACCCUAUGUAUCCACGCGGAAGAGGAUAUGGCCAUUAUCCAUCGCGUAUUAGGCAGAUAUAUUAUGCAACACCGUAUCCUCUAAAAGAUGACUCGGCCACUCAAUCGCCUAUCGCGGAAGAGAUAUUAACGGAAGAUCUUGAAGUAGUCGGUUUAUUGCGAUUACUUACAGCGCUUGAAGGACAGUUAGGUUCUCUUGGGCCUAAGAUAGUAUCGCUUUUGUCGAAAGCCUUAGCGGCUGAGAAGGCAAAGCCAAAUUCCGCUGAAGAAUUGUUGUAUGAUGAAGAAGUGAGUGUCCUAUUCGAAACCGUCAAAGAAAAACUCAAGGGUCAACUGUUCGCGGGCAUGGUAGAGAAAAUGGCGAUUACGGCAACUAAAACGGCUAUACAGAAUAUUGCUAAAUUGCUGCACAAAGCUUCUGAGAGCAAGAAGAAACUAGAAGAAAAGAAAAAGAAAGAACGAGAAAUUCUGGAAGCAUCUAAAUCUAUAACAAGUUAUAUGAAUCGAACCACAUAUUCAAGACCGGUGGAGAUAGCUGCACCGACCAUUAAAUCUGAACCAGUGAGUGUACCAGGUGUCGGCACAGUUGAUAAAGUCGCUAUUGCUCAACAGAUUGCCGCGGCUCUCGUCGCGCAAGGCAGAUCAAAUGUCUCGCAGGAAGAACUAGAAACUCUGAUUAACGCUGUAGUUGGCAUGGCAGAGGCAUCAAAACACUCCGAUAAACCAGUCACCACUGCUGAUUUUGUCAAAGGUCUAACGAAUAGCAGCACUACCGCUCCUCCAGUAACAGAGCCUGCCAAAACGGCAACUAUUUCGGUUGAGUCUACUCAAUCUCAGGUUUCGAAAACAGAAUCAGACAAUUUGUCGGACAUCGAUCUGAAAACGAAGUUGCAAAAAUUUAAAGAUCUGAGCACAGAGGAACAACACAGUCUCAUAAAUUCUCUCAAGAAGCUUGAAGCGAGCGAUCCGACGAGAGUGGAGAAGUUGAGACACUUCGUUAAUCUCGGCAUGACGUCAUCGCCAAAAUCAUCGUCGAUAAUAGGAAAUAUAAAAUCACCAAGUUUGGAGAUCGAAGCAUCCAUUGGCAAAGGUAAAAAGAGUACUUCCCCGUUUUCCUCUCGUAAAUUGAAUCAGAAUCCAACAGACGAUGAAGAUAAGUGGAAACCUAAAUUGGACAUGUUCGCGAAUGACGAAGACGAAGAGCAACAAACGAAAAAAGAUAGUGAUGAUAAAACUAAGAUCAAGACGAUAGAUUUGUCCGACGAUGAUGACGACUAUACGUACGAAGAUAUCUAUAAAGCAGCGAGCAAAAAUGUGAGCGAGAACGAAAAAGCGAAGAAGUCACGUACUUUCUCGCCGAAAUCAUGGUCUCGAUCGCAAUCACGAUCGCGGUCACGAUCAAGAUCGAGAUUGAGAUCGCGAUCCAACUCACCAAUACCGAGAUCAAAAGAACCUACAAAAACGAAUGAUCCCAACGCGAUACUAAAUGAAACUAAACGUUUGAUUGCAAACAUUAUGUGUGAUCUGCCGAACAAAUACGUUCCGAAAUCGCUGAGUCUAGGCGAGAAAAAAAUCGAGUCCAUAAUAAGUUCCAGUGAGCCAGCACCGCCUGGUGCAAUGCCCUUUUACAAUCAAAAUUUUCUUUCAAAUAACAAUCAGUCGCGGUCGCAAGAACAGCCAAUGACCUAUCCUAACUUGUCGAAUCAACAAUUCUCGAAUUAUCCACCACAGCCACAAAUGUUCUCUAAUAAUCCCGGAUAUAUGGACAAUAGUUAUAAUUAUCAAGGUUAUGGAAAUCCAAUUAAUCCAGUUAAUCCAAUUAAUCAAGGUCAAUUUGGAGGACCGCCAAAUCAGUAUCCUCAGCAAACUUACGGUUCUUACGGUGCACCACAAGCUGCUCCUCCGUCGAACUAUGUUCAACAACCUCCGUCGCAGCAAUACGACCCCUACAUGCAGCAACAGCGGUUUUAUUGAACGAAAUGUACUCUGUUAUCGUUUUAUCAAUAACUUCAAUGAACAUUCGCAUUGCGAGGCAUCAGGUCUCCAUUAGGUCAGUCUAUGAACUCGAACGAAGUCCCAAAACUCGUUCUCUUUCCGUGCACAGAUACUAAGAUGCCUGUGCAAGUUCUGCACUCGUUUUUAUUCGCUUCAUAUAUUUUUAUGAAUGAAAUGAAUCAGAUUCUAUUUCAUAAUUAGUCAACAAUAGAUGCGCAGCACUUUUGUUUCAGUCUGCAGAAAUGCUUCCAUAAUGUUGAUCAGAAAAAGUUGUACUUAUAAAAUUGUGAUUAUAGAUGUUCCAUAUGUUUCAUCCUAUCAUUCGCGUAUCUCUACAUUUAUUUUUAUUUAUUUAUACAAAUUCAACAUCUAUAUAUCCACACAUCAAAAUGCAAGAGUAAAAAAAAUCACAUUGUCAUAUUGCCAUUUUUUAAUGAGAUAGAAUCUCGUUUCGACAUAUAACAAGUCGCAAGAAUGUGUCAAUUGUAUGUUAGGUAUGUAAUGUCUGAAACAUUUUCUUUUUUUAUUUGUUGAGCGCAUUUUCAUCCACAACUCGCAUUACGUUUUCGCGUGAGUUUUCAUGUAUCUGCUGCGCGGGUGCGUGUCAGUGAGUCUUAUUAAGCUGUGUAUAUCGACCGAAUGUACGUCACGUUUGAGUGAUUUGUAUAUGCACGAAGUGAAUGUGUCGUUGUUACAUACAUCGUGCAACUUCGACCAAACGAAAGUAAGUAAAAUAAACAAACUAAUCGCCAGAGCGUGUGCAUCAUCACAACAGUUUUACUAUAUUUGUAAUAUAUCUGAUAAAAAUCGCGCUUUUGUUACAUAGAAAUUGCAACAAUAUUUAACAAUUUACAAUAAAAUUGUGUAAAAGGCGCUUUAGGCAGAAAAUAUUUUGCACGAUAUUCAGGAUUUAAUUGACUAUAAUCAAAGUGUAAUUCUUCAAUAAAUAUUACAAGAG